UUUUGCUGAAAUUUUUGUAAAGCUCUCCCUCCUUGUCGGAAGACGAGGGGAAGAAGAAGGGAUGGGCAAGCUAAUGGCGUCCCCUCGCCCCUUAUACCUACUUCUUGUCGUUGUAUUGGCCACGGCGCUUCAUCCGGCGCAGCAGGUAUUUGCAGUGGAAUCAACACCUCAGCUCAGGUCCGACUCAAUGAUUCUUCAGAAAUCAAUCGUUCAAGAGAUUAAUGCUAACCCUAAUGCUGGAUGGCAAGCGGCCAUGAACUCGCGUUUCGAGAAUUAUACAAUUGGCCAGUUCAAGCAUAUUCUUGGAGUGAAGCCAACACCUUCCAAUGAGGUUAUGGAUAUUCCUAAAAGAACUUACCCAAAAUCUUUAAAGCUCCCUAAGCAAUUUGAUGCAAGAACGGCCUGGCCUCAGUGUAGCACAAUUGGAACAAUUCUUGAUCAGGGGCACUGUGGUUCAUGUUGGGCUUUUGGUGCUGUAGAAUCACUUUCUGACCGUUUCUGCAUUCACUUCGGCAUUAAUAUUUCUCUGUCUGUCAAUGACCUUUUGUCAUGCUGCGGGUUCAUGUGUGGAGAUGGAUGUGAUGGAGGGUAUCCUAUAAGUGCAUGGCGGUACUUUGUCCAGAAUGGCGUUGUCACUGAUGAGUGUGACCCAUAUUUUGAUGACGUCGGUUGUGCUCAUCCGGGCUGUGAACCCCUAUAUCCAACCCCACAAUGCGAAAAGAAGUGCAAAGCCAAGAACCUUCUCUGGGACCAAUCGAAGCAUUUUGGUGUCAAUGCCUAUAUGGUAAACUCGGAUCCAAAGGAUAUCAUGACAGAGGUCUACACAAAUGGUCCUGCAGAAGUUGGCUUUACGGUUUAUGAGGAUUUUGCUCACUACAAAUCAGGAGUCUACAAACAUGUGACAGGUGUUGCAAUCGGCGGCCAUGCUGUAAAGUUAAUCGGAUGGGGAACCAGCGAUGAGGGCGAGGACUACUGGCUUCUUGCAAACCAGUGGAACAGAAGCUGGGGUGACGAUGGUUACUUCAAGAUCACACGGGGUAGGAAUGAAUGUGGGAUCGAAGAGGAUGUUGUUGCUGGGAUGCCCUCAUCAAAGAACUUGGUCAGGUACUACGUGAACAGCGAUUCAGAAGCCGAUGCCAGUGCUUAAUUUGAAGUGGCCCUGUAUAGGACCGCCUAUGUUGUUGUUACGUCAAACCUUAAAACUUGUUUGAUGGCAAAAUGCUAAACUUGUUAGAUGCUUAUGUUAGUACCCCUUGUUGACUUAUCUUCAUCCUCAUCCGCUAAAGCCAGGAUAAGCUUCUGGUUUGAAAAAA